AUGGACGCGCUCUGUGAAGCAAAUGGCACCUUCGCCCUCCGCCUCUUAAAGGCCCUGUGUGAAGACGACCCUUCAGACAACGUGUUUUUUUCUCCCGUGAGCCUCUCCUCGGUCCUGGCCAUGGUCCUCCUGGGAGCCAAAGGGGACACCGCUGCCCAGGUGGCCCAGACACUCUCUCUAAGCACAAGCAGUGGCGGAGGUGAAGAUGUCCACCAGGGUUUUCAGAACCUUCUCAGUGAAGUUAACAGGCCCGGCACACAGUACUUGCUCAGAACCGCCAACAGGCUCUUUGGAGAGAAGACUUACGAUUUCCUCUCGUCUUUCAAAGAUGCCUGCCGCAUAUUCUACCAAGCAGAGAUGGAAGAGCUGGACUUUGUCAGCGCUACGGAGGAAUCCAGGAAGCACAUAAACACCUGGGUAGCCGAGAAGACAGAAGGUAAGAUUCGAGAGUUGUUGCCUGCUAACUCCAUCAAUGCAGAGACCAGGCUGAUUCUGGUUAACGCGGUCUACUUCAAAGGGAGCUGGAGUGAGAAAUUCAACAAGGAGUACACCAGGGAGAUGCCUUUUAGAAUAAACCAGAAGGAGCAGAGGCCGGUGCAGAUGAUGUUUCAGGACGGUGAGUUCAGACUCGCCCGCAUCCAGGAGGUGCAGGCCCAGGUGCUGGAGCUGCCGUACGCGGGUGAGGAGCUGAGCAUGCUGGUGCUGCUGCCCAACGACCACGUGCCUCUGAGCUCAAUUGAACAACAGCUGACUCUGGAGAAGUUGCGGGAGUGGACCCGACCCGAGAGCCUGGACCUCCUCGAGGUCAGGGUCCAGCUGCCCAGGUUCAAGCUGGAGGAGAGUUACGACCUCAGAGAGCCCCUGGCCCGCCUGGGUGCGCCGGAUCUCUUCAGUAGCAAGGCGGACCUGUCCGGCAUGUCAGGGGCCAGGGACCUCUUCAUAUCCAAGGUGGUCCACAAGUCCGUCGUGGACGUGAACGAGGAAGGCACGGAGGCGGCGGCCGCCACGGGGGCCAUCGCCGAGUUCGCCAUGCUGCUGCCGGAGGAGGAGUUCGUUGCCGACCACCCUUUCAUCUUCUUCAUCCAGCACAAGGCCUCCUCGCACAUCCUGUUUCUAGGCAGGCUUUCCUCUCCAUAG